CCACUGUCCGAUACAUUGGAAAGUCUAUUAUACGCAAGAUACUUGCCUGCUUAUUUUGAUGGCAAACUUGGCUCGAGUUUUAAAAUAGUCUUUCAGAGUCUGGAUAUACUAUUGCUUUAUGGCUGUGCCCACCUGCAAACGUUGCUCAAAACUGCUGUGGAAUAUACCUCAGUUUCCUCUUUGAGUCUGUAUUCGUGGGGUGCAGUCUCUUGCUGUUCACACUGAGAGGAACUGGCUGUCCUUGGUCUCCACCUCCGGGUAAGAUCUGGUUCUUGGUUGGGCCCCAGUGAGACCGGUGUAAAUCACAGAUGAUCCUGGUUGAAGAAAUCUGCUCCAAAGAACAUUUUCAUAAUGGACACUUCAUCCAAAGAAAAUAUCCAGUUAUUCUGCAAGGCAUCAGGACAACCUGUUGGAAGUCUUUCUUUUGAGACAGAAUUUUCCUCCUCUAAGGAAAAACAAGCAUGCUGUGGUGAGCUAAAGAUGUUCCUGGGAGCCUUGUCUUUUGUUUACUUUGCAAAAGCGUUGGCAGAAGGCUACCUGAAGAGCACCAUCACUCAGAUUGAGAGGAGGUUUGAUAUCCCCUCUUCACUGGUGGGAGUGAUUGAUGGUAGUUUUGAAAUUGGGAAUCUCUUAGUUAUAAUGUUUGUUAGCUACUUUGGAGCUAAACUUCACAGGCCAAAAAUAAUUGGAAUGGGGUGCCUAGUCAUGGGCAUUGGAACACUGCUCAUCGCGAUGCCUCAAUUCUUCAUGGAGCAGUAUAGAUAUGAUCGGUAUUCAUCUUCAUUCAGUUCCAAUCUCAGCCUCUCUCCCUGUCUCCUGGAAUCAAAAAACCAACUGCCAAUCUCCGCUAUGGAGAAAUCACAGCCCCAAAUAGACAAUGAAUGUGAAGGUGAUGCCAGUUCUUCCAUGUGGGUUUAUAUUUUCCUCGGAAACCUGCUUCGUGGGUUAGGAGAGACUCCCAUUCAACCUCUGGGCAUCGCUUACCUGGAUGACUUUGCGAGUGAGGACAACGCACCUUUCUAUAUCGGGUGUGUGCAGACUGUUGCAAUUAUAGGACCAAUCUUUGGCUUCUUGUUGGGCUCCUUAUGUGCCAAACUCUAUGUUGACAUUGGCUUUGUAAACCUAGAUCAAGUGACCAUCACCCCAAAGGAUCCGCAGUGGGUAGGUGCCUGGUGGCUUGGCUAUCUAAUUGCAGGGAUCCUAAGUCUUCUUGCAGCUGUGCCUUUCUGGUGUUUACCCAAGAGUCCACCAGGACCCCAAAGUAAAGAGGAGUCGAGUUCCUGCUGUGAGAAAUCCAGAUUCAUUGUAGAUGAUCAGGCCAACUACCAAGCAGCUCACGGAGAAAGGGCAAAAAUGCUGGAAAUGGCAAGAGAUUUUCUCCCAUGCCUGAAGAAUCUCUUAGGGAACCCCGUGUAUUUCUUAUAUUUGUGUGCAAGCACCGUUCAGUUUAAUUCUUUAUUUGGCAUGGUGACCUACAAACCCAAGUACAUCGAGCAGCAGUACGGGCAGUCAUCCUCCAAAGCCAACUUUGUUAUCGGGCUUAUCAACAUACCUGCAGUGGCCCUUGGAAUAUUCUCUGGGGGAAUAGCUAUGAAAAAAUUCAAAAUAGGUGUAUGUGGAGCUGCAAAACUCUACUUGGGAUCUGCAGUCUUUGGUUAUCUGCUGUUCCUUUCCUUGUUUGCAAUUGGCUGUGAAAAUUUUGAUGUGGCAGGACUGACAGUUUCCUACCAAGGAACCAAACCUGUCUCUUAUCAUGAACGAGCUCUCUUUUCAGAUUGCAACUCAAGAUGUAAAUGUUCAGAGACAAAAUGGGAACCCAUUUGUGGCGAGAAUGGGAUCACGUACGCAUCAGCUUGUCUUGCUGGCUGCCAAGCCUCCAACAGCAGUGAAAAUAAUAUUAUGUUUUAUAAUUGUACCUGUAUGGAAAUUGCAGCUCCUGAAUCGGCAGGUUCCUCAGGCGUGAUGGGAAGGUGUCAGAAAGAUAAUGGAUGUCCCAGAAUGUUUCUAUAUUUUCUUGUAAUCUCAGUGAUCACCUACUAUACUCUGUCACUAGGAGGCAUACCUGGAUACAUGUUACUCCUGAGGUGCGUCAAGCCACAACUGAAGUCUUUUGCCCUGGGUGUCUACACCUUAGCAGUGAGGGUUCUUGCAGGAAUCCCAGCUCCAGUAUAUUUCGGAGUUUUGAUUGACACUUCAUGCCUCAAAUGGGGAUUUAAAAGAUGUGGAACUAGAGGAUCCUGCAGAUUAUAUGAUUCAAAUUAUUUCAGAUACAUCUAUCUGGGAGUAACCGUGAUCCUGGGCACAGUGUCCAUUGUGCUAAGCAUGGCAGUGCUUUUGGUUUUAAAGAAAAAAGAUGCUUCGAAACGUGGGAGCUUUGUAAUGCCAAGUGAAACAGCAGUGGUCUCUACAAGAUUUAGGAAGGAAAACUGCUUUCCCCAUGACCAGCUACUUGAACCCAGCUACUGGCCAGGCAAGGAAACACAACUUUAAGAAAACGAUGGGUGGAAGCUAUGUUUUCUAACUUGUGGAAGUUUUGCAAAUGUAUUUUGAUCCAAAAGAUUUUAAAAUGUGUAAAAUCUUUCAGAAAUGUCUGCUUUCUUUUUGAUUUGAAACAUUAAGUAAUAUGCUUGAUAUCAAUAUAAUUAAAUAGAACCAGAUGAAGAUGAUAAAACUGAUUUUAAACGUUUGAAAUUUAUAUAGAAAUUCCUUAGCAUUCAUGUAUUCUGCUACAGUUCAUCUAAUGUGUAUUGAUAUAUUUGCUCUAUUCUUGGUGGAAGAAUUGGUUCUAUUGUCUGAUGUAUACAAAGCAACGGAAUGGUCAGUUAUCUGUCUAGAAUAAGAGAAUAUGAUUAUAAGAUUAAAUCUCAUCUUGUGUAAUUUCAUAUAUAGCCCUAAUGAUGAUGUUUGGACUGAGUCAGAAUGUGGAGAGGUACAUUUAUUUUAAUUUCCUCAUUUCUUUUGAAAUACAAUAAUUGAUACAAAAGCGUAAUGGCAAAUAGUCUUGGAGGUUUAAAUUCUAGUUUUCAUUAGUGUGUGCUAUUCAUGUGACACUACUGGUUGGGGAAUCUUUCUCAGCCAGUGGCUAUUUGUAUAUUUACAUCAUUUGAAGACCAUACAAAUUAUCAGCUUAAAAAAAUUAACCUAUUGGGCCUGGCACGGGAGUCCAAAGGUUACACGCCUUGCACGCACCGAGAUCCCAUGUGGGCACCAGUUUGUAUCCCAGCUGCUCCACUUGCCUUCCAGCUCCCUGCUUGUGGCCUGGGGAAGCAGUGGAGGACAGCCCAAGGCCAUGGGAUUCUGCACUUGCAUGGGAGACCCGAAAGAGGCUCCUGGCUUCAGGUUGGCUCAGCUCCAGCCAUUGUGGCCACUUGUGGAGUGGAUCAGCAAAUGGAAGAUCUUUCUGUAUCUCCUCUCUGUAUAUCUGCCUUUCCAAUAAAAACAAAUAAAAAUCUUUU